AUGGGCCGCAAGGAAGUGGAUGACACCCGUUCCUGGAAGAAACCGACCAACAACAUCCGAAAAACAUUUAUCUUCAUGGAGGCACUAGGAUCAGGUGCUUUUUCAGAAGUUUUCCUAGUGAAGCAAAGGACCACUGGGAAGCUCUUUGCUCUAAAGUGCAUCAAAAAGUCCCCUGUCAUCCAGGACAGCAGCCUGGAGAAUGAAAUCGCAGUGCUGAAGAAAAUAAAGCAUGAAAACAUUGUGACUCUGGAAGACAUUUACGAAAGUGCAACCCACUUUUAUCUGGUCAUGCAGCUGGUGUCUGGCGGGGAGUUAUUUGACCGAAUUUUGGAACGAGGAGUUUAUACUGAGAAAGAUGCAAGUGUAGUGAUCCGACAGGUCCUGGCAGCAGUGAAAUAUCUCCAUGAGAAUGGAAUAGUUCACCGAGAUUUAAAGCCUGAAAACCUGCUUUAUCUGACUCCUGAAGAAAACUCCAAAAUCAUGAUCACAGACUUCGGCUUGUCUAAAAUGGAGCAGAAUGGCAUCAUGUCCACCGCUUGUGGGACUCCAGGAUAUGUUGCUCCAGAGGUCCUAGCACAGAAGCCAUAUAGCAAAGCUGUAGAUUGCUGGUCUAUAGGAGUCAUUACCUAUAUCUUGCUCUGUGGAUACCCUCCCUUCUACGAAGAGACAGAAUCCAAACUGUUUGAAAAGAUUAAAGAAGGCUACUAUGAGUUUGAGUCUCCAUUUUGGGAUGAUAUCUCUGAGUCAGCCAAGGAUUUCAUCUCUCACUUACUGGAGAAGGAUCCAAAUGAGAGGUUCACCUGUGAGAGAGCCCUGAGGCACCCUUGGAUUGAUGGAAAUACAGCCCUUCACCGGGACAUAUACCCAUCUGUCAGUGCUCAGAUCCAGAAAAACUUUGCAAAGAGCAAAUGGAGGCAAGCCUUCAAUGCUGCAGCUGUUGUGCGCCACAUGAAGAAACUCCACAUGAACUGCCAUGCACAGGCUGACACGAGCCUCCCUGUCAUACAAGUGUCAGAAGUAUCCAGACUCAACAGCCCUAUGGUCACCAGCCAAGAGGCACCCACUCAAGACAAGAAGAUGCUAAUCCCCAUGUUAGCAUGUCAAAUUCCUCCCAGCCAGCUUGACCAAAACACCCAGAUGACACAGAGCAAGUCACUAGAUCACUUGGUUAAUGGGUCACUCCCAGUCGACAAGUGCUUGAUCCUGCCGGACAAUCAGAGCCCUCCAACUCUAACUUCUUGCGGCUGCAGUUCAGCCUCUGAGGGGCAUGAGAAGGUGAAGACCAUCUUCUGUUCGGAGUCAGCGCUACUUAAAAAAGCUGCCAAAAACCAUCACUUCAAAUCAGAGGUUAUCGUACCCAUGAAAACCAAUAACAAUUCAUACCGUGGCACUGGGCAAACUGGUGUUUGUUUGGUCAUGUGA